AUGGCAUUCGUGCAACCAUUGCGAAAUUUUUUCUUCGAACCUCUGCCACCUUUGAAUGUCGGCCCUUAUCACACGCAAAGUUCCGCCAUUCAUCCCAUCUCAUUUGUUGGGAAGCUUGGCCUCUGGGAUCAUUUCGAAGCCAAUGUAAGGGAUACUUUUGACAGCACGAAAUGGGAUGAUACUGCGCAGCUCCCUAUUCUGGGCGUCAGUCCGCUUGCGCACGAGUACUACCACGUCGGAGAGGAGCGAGGUGUUCAAUCUCGUUUCACUGAGCGGAUCUCGCAAGCAUUGACUCAUGUGGCAGUGGCUCAACAGCUUGACUUUCGCUUCGGGGACGCUAAAUGUGUCUUGCCAACCUAUGCUAAAAGCCCUGACUUUAUGAUCUGGAACCCAUCGAGCAAUACGCAUCUUGUUGUCGGCGAACUCAAAACACCUUGGAUAAGGGAGCACCAACUGGGUGAACUUGUGAUGACAGCGAUGAACGGUGGAUCAGAGUGGGGGCUCCGCAGAAACCUCGGCCAGAUUGCAAUGUACAUGUGCGACCUUGGACUCAAGUAUGGUGUCUUGUCCACGUACGACGAGACGGUAUUCCUUCGCCAGGUGGUCGAGAGGAGAAAAUGGAAACUGGAAGUAUCGCCAGUGAUUCAAGGCUCGCAUGGGCUGGAAGACCCUAAUGUGACCACUUUACGAAUGUGCUUCUUCCAUAUGGCUUCAUUGUCCUUGAUAGAUCGUCACUUUGAGAUGGGUGGAUUGCGAGCCCAACAGUGGACUGAAAGCCUAUGCUGA